CUUCUCCAUCCAUCCUCUCAGGUUCCAAGAUGGCGGCGGCGGCGGCGGCUCCCCCAUCCCCUCCUCCUCCGCCUCCUCCUCCCCCUGCCGCCGCGCCGACGGAGGGCCCGUCCUGCCCCGGCUCGUGGCCCAACUUCGCCGUCGUGUGCUCCUUCCUGGAGAGAUACGGAGCCCUCCUCGACCUGCCCGAGCUGCCCUUCCCGGAGCUGGAGCGGGUCCUGCAGGCGCCGCAGGAGCCCGGCGAGCAGGUUCCCAGAGAGCUGGUAGAACUUCAUUUGAAACUGAUGAGGAAGAUCGGAAAAUCCGUCACAGCAGAUCGCUGGGAAAAAUACUUGAUCAAGAUGUGUCAAGAAUUCAACAGCACCUGGGCGUGGGAAAUGGAGAAAAAAGGAUACUUUGAAAUGAGCAUGGAAUGCAAGUUGGGAAUAUUGAAGUACCUUUGUGAGUGCCAGUUUGAUGACAAUCUAAAAUUUAAGAAUAUCAUUAACGAGGAAGAUGCAGAUGCUAUGCGCCUUCAGCCGAUUGGCAGAGACAAAGAUGGGCUGACCUACUGGUACCAGCUGGAUCAAGAUCAUAAUGUGAGGGUGUAUGUUGAAGAGCAAGAUGAUCAAGAUGGGUCUUCGUGGAAGUGCAUUGUCAGAAGCCGAAAUGAUCUGGCUGAAACUCUGGAACUCCUCAAAGCACAAAUUGAUCCCGAACUAUUAAAAAAACAGCAACAGGAUAAUUCGUCACGGGAGAGCCCUAGUAUUGAAGGUGAAGAGGCCAAGAAGGGCGAAGAAACGUCAACCCAAGAAAGUGACUUGAAGGUCAAAGAAGAAAAGGAAGAGAUAAAAGAGGAGCUGCCAAAACAGUUGGAAAGCCUUCCACCUCCAGCAGUUUCGGAAGAGGAAAACAAGAUAAAAUUAGAAAAAGUGCAAGAGAGAGAAAUCAUAAAGCUGCCAGUUAUAGUGAAGUUAGAUAAACCUUUGGAAAACAAUGGGGAAAUGCAGAUUACCAAAGAAGAAAGGGACUCUUUUAAAGAAAACGUUAAGCCCGUUAAAGUGGAGGUGAAGGAAAAUAAGCUAGAGCCAAAAGACUUGAAAGAUGUAAAUAGCAAUGCAGAGGCAACUGUUCACGAGCCCGAGAGGAUAGAGUUCUGUGUCAAUGUCAAAGCUCCCCAGGAAGUGGUGGAGCGAAGUGUGGAAGAAAGCGAGAAACUAAAAAAUGACCAGCAGGCAAAGAUUCCACUGAAAAAGCGAGAGAUUAAGCUGACAGAUGAUUAUGACAGCCCGUUAAAAGGACCCUUGCGAAAAUGUAUUACCCCAACGAAGGAUGUCUUGAAGGAGGAAGGGAAACAAGAGGAAGAGACAUUUAAGAGAGUCCCUACAAUUACCGAUGGGAAAUGUCUUGUUAAUGGGGAGGUUAGUAGUGAGAAAAUCAUGCCAAAUAACAAGUUGGAACGUUCCCCAGGCACAAAGGAAGACGCCUCCAGCCUGCCUAAGGAGGAGAAUGGUGUAAGCAGCGAGAAAAUACUGGAGACCGUUAGCACGAUAGUAAGAACAGCUGAUGUCGAAAGAAAUAUUUUGCAUACAGGGAAGGAGGUAGCUAGUGUGGUAGCCGAGGUUUCUCAUCAGAAAGUGCCUUUAAAGGAGGAGACCAGCCCGAAAGGAAAAGAAAGCUUGCUUGACAGUAAGGUUUCAGAGUCUGUCGUAGAAGCACCUUCAAAAACGGAUGAUUGUCUCAAGAAGUCAGUGGAACCUGUGAAAGCAAAAGAUGGCCUGGCACCUCCCAAGGAAUGUCCAGAUAAAUCCUUAACUGCAUCUUCCCCAAAGGAGCAGGCAACUCCAGCAGUUGAUGAGGAUCUGAAAAAUAAAGGUCAACCCGGGGAGAAGGCAGAGUUGCUAAGAGCGGCUGUGACUCCACCGCCUGCUCCAGCCCUUCCCUCGGAGAAAUCGGUUGCUGAGAAGGAGGAAUCUGUCUCUAAAAGCACACUUCCUGAUAAAUGCAAAGGACAGGCAGGGCAGGAUUCUAAGCCGCAGAAGUACACUGAAGCUGAAGAAACGCCCAAAUUAGGCAAUGCCCAAAGUUCUGCUGAGGAACCUCCUGAGGCUAAAAAAGAGCCUGUGAAAAGCAAGUGUAAAUACAAGCUGAUUUCUGAAGCCGAAGGUUCUCUAACGGAGAAUAGGGAAAUCACCUCUGAGAGGCAGAAAGAUGGGAUCAAGCUCACCAUCAGGAUCUCGAGUAGAAAGAAAGCCGACCCUCCUCCCAAGACUCAGAAUGCAGCCUCUGAAAAGGAGGAGGAGGCGGCUGUUGGUGUCGGUCGCAUUUUAAGGAGGUCUCCCCGGAUAUCUAAGCCCACUGCCAAAAUAGCGGAGACCCGAGAUCAGAAGCCCGAGAAAAAACGGAGUGAGGAGGAGGAAGAAAAACCAGCUGCGGUGCAAAAGCCAGAGAAGAAAGAGGACUCAAAAAAGCAAGAGAAGGAAAUAAAUUCUAAGGCUAGCAAGGCGUCACAACGAAGCAAAGUUCGGUGGGCUGGUACUCGAACUCGUGGUAGGUGGAGAUAUUCGAGCAAUGAUGAGAGCGAUGAUUCAGAGAGUGAAGAAGACUCUGAGGAUCAGGAGGAAGAGGAGGAGGAAGAGGAAGAACCUGCGCCUGCCGAUGACGAUGAGCCGUGCAAGAAAUGCGGCCUCCCCAAUCACCCAGAGCUAAUUCUCUUGUGCGACUCUUGUGACAGCGGCUACCAUACGGCCUGCCUUCGACCCCCACUGAUGAUCAUUCCUGAUGGAGAAUGGUUCUGCCCACCUUGCCAACACAAAUUGCUCUGUGAGAAGUUGGAAGAACAACUGCAGGACCUGGAUGUUGUCUUGAAAAAGAAAGAGCGUGCAGAACGAAGGAAAGAGCGCCUUGUGUAUGUGGGCAUUAGUAUUGAGAAUAUCAUUCCUCCACGAGAGCCUGAAAUACCUGAAGUUGUCGAUGAAAAGAAGAAAGAUUCCAAAAAAUCAAAGGUGAAGCUGCUUGAAAGGAGGUCGACUAGGCAACGGAAGUGCAUCAGCUAUAGGUUUGAUGAGUUUGACGAAGCCAUUGACGAAGCCAUAGAGGAUGACAUAAAGGAGGCUGAUGGAGGAGGUGGUGGAAGAGGGAAAGACAUGUCUAACAUCACGGGGCAUCGUGGCAAGGAUAUUUCCACCAUCCUGGAGGAAGAAAGGAAGGAAACCAAGCGACCUCCGAGGGCUGUUGCAGUUCGCCGGAAGAAGCGGCGGCGACUGAACGACCUGGACAGUGACAGCAACCUGGAUGAAGAAGAAAGUGAGGAUGAGUUCAGAAUCAGUGACGGAUCUCAGGAUGAGUUCGUUGUCUCGGACGAGAACUUAGACGAAAGCGAAGAGGAUCAGCCAUCGAAUGACGACAGCGAUGCGGAGUUUUCGAAGCGCAGGCCCAGGCGGCACCACUCCAGGCCGAUGAGGCAAAGCAGGCGGCUACGGAGAAAAAUAGCCAAGAAAAGAUACUCUGAAGAUGACGAAGAUGAAGAUGAGGACUCUGAGGAGAACGUAAGCGGCGAAUCUGAAACAGAGGCUUCUUCAGAAUACAGCGACGAAGACUACCUGGAAACGCGGCGGAGGAGAUCUCGGCGCAAUCAGAAGAGGCAAGUCAACUACAAAGAGGAUUCUGAAAGCGACGGCUCUCAGAAGACCUUCCGAUACGGGAAAGAGCUCAGAAGGAUCCACAAGCGCAGGCUUUCCAGCUCGGACAGCGAAGAGAGCUACGUGUCUAAGAACUCUGAAGACGAUAAACCCACCCAGGUGUCAAAGAGAUCCGUUCGGAAGCGCAGCCACAGCACGGACGAGUACUCGGAGGACGAGGACGGGGACAAGGAGGAGCGGCCCGUCCGGAAGCGGCUGAAUCGCAUCGAGACAGACGACGACGACAACUGCAGCAGCGCCAGCGAGGAGGCAAGCAAGCAAGUGCCUGCCGCCAGGCCUUCGGCAGCCCAUGGCCCGCAAGACGUCACCAAGAAGCCCUACCGGAUAGAAAGCGACGACGAGGAUGACUUUGAUAACGUCGGGAAGGUCGAAAGCCCGUUGGACUACAGCCUGGUGGACUUGCCGUCCACCAACGGACAGAGUCCUGGGAAAACCAUCGAGAACUUGAUUGGCAAGCCCAGCGAGAAAGCUCCCGCCCCCAAGGACAGCACAGCCAAUGCCAGCUUGGCACCCAACGGGACGAGUGGCGGCCAGGAGGCAGGAGGACCAGAAGAAGACGAGGACGAACUUUUGCGAGUGACUGACCUUGUUGAUUACGUCUGUAACAGUGAACAGUUAUAAGACUUCCAUUUUUGUGCUAAUUUAUUCCACGGUAGCUCAUACCAGUGGGCCAGUUAUUAAAAGGUGUUUUAUUUUUCCUAGAAAACUCUCCACUACAGUAUCACUUUUUAGCAGUCAAAAAUUUCACCAGUCCUGCAGUUCGGGGUUAUUUUUUCUCUCUCCAUCCCACCCCCUUCAACCCCCGGUGAAGUGACCAGUCGUCGUUUUCUCGGAACUCUCUCUCCCCCUUUUUUUUGUGGUGGAAAUGAUAAUUACUAUAAUUUCCCUAUUCUGAUUUACUGCCUCCUCCACCUUUCACCCACUCCCGCAGUCCAGGUUAACUUCAUCCACAUGCAGACCUUGGUAGUAAAUGAGAGAUUUGUAUAUUUUUGACUUUAUAUUUCCUGAGUGCACACAAAUUGGGGGGGACGGGGGGCAGGGAGGCUGAAAGGAAGCAUUCCAAGUUGGUCAGGGCCCAAAAUCUGAACUGUGGUGGGAUGGAGGGGGGGGAUGUCGUGGGGGGGAUGUUGGGGGUACAGAAGCACUUGUACUCAAACUUUUUCAUAGGAGAUAUAUAUUCUAUUUAAAUGUUCACAACUUAGAUUACAAUUUAACAUGCAGUUUUAAGGGGGGGGGGAAUCUUUACUGUUGCAUUUUGUGACUUGUGGGUUAACUUGCCAUAGUUCCUUUUAGUAAAUCACUUUCCCGAAAAGCAACCUUGGUUAGAGAGAGAGAGAGAGGAAGAAAAAGCUCUCACAUAAAAUCAUUUGAUUCAAAGCUUCCCCAACCCAUAAUAAUUUAACUUUUUAAAGUAUUUUGUACAGUAAAAAGUGUAAAGCUAUAUAAUGAGCUUUUGACAAUUUGGAGCCAUGCUAGCAGCGAGUUGAUAACGAGGCUCUUCUUUUUAAUGCGUUAAAUCUGCCUGAUGGUCUCCGCGUAGGAUAACCUCUUGGGAGGAGAUGCAGUUUUUGCUGUGAACAGGUGACGGGGCUCCUGUAAAGAGAUAACUGGCCGCUUUUAAAAACCCUUUCUGUGCUCUUAGAAUCUACUUCAAAUUGAAGUACGCAAAUGAAGCAGUUUCCCUUCUGGGAGGCUGUGUGUGUGUGUGUGUAAGAUUAAUUUUACUUAUCAGUCUGGAUGUUCUAGCAGAUUUUGACAGUAGUUAACUGGCCUAUAGGCUCCUUCGUGUUUUUAAUAUGCAUUUUAAUAGUUGCCGCGUGACCAACUGAUUUCUAAAGCAGGACAUUUCUGGGGGAAAUGCAUGACCCCCCCCCUUCCCUGCAAGAAACUCCUGCUGUUGGAACUUGGGCAACAUAACUCUGGGUGUGAGUGCCUGCUCUCUACUUUAAGAAAAAGUUUCUCUGCCCAUUUUAUAGCCAGUCAAACAAGAAUACAGCUGGCCAUGGUGUUUGCCACUUCAUUCUUUCAGAUGUGUGUCAGGCUCUGUUACGUUCUCUUGUCUUGUCUUUCUUUUUCUUUCUACACUAUUUUUCACACAGAUGGUUGGAAGAAUACUCUGCAGAGCUUUGAAAUCCAAAACGGCCAUUUUACUCUGGUUUUCUUUUUCUCCUCCCCCUCAAAACAGGGUUUUGUACUUUAUUCUGGUGCUGGCUCCAUUGCUGGCAAUGGCUGCCACCAGUCUUGCUGUGGGCAUUGAGUUGACAGCUCUUCUUCCCUUGAAUUAUUUUUUUUUAGGCGUUCGUCUGUAGCUGAGCACUUCCGUGUUGUUUGUUUGUCUGUUCCAUUGUGAUUUUAACCGUGGCAUUAGGCCUGUAUAAAAUACCUCGCACGAAAACCUUGGCUUCCCCAAUUUUUAAUUUUUUUUUAAUGGCCUUUAAUUCAUCUUUGGUUCCCUCUUUUCUCUCCCCUCCCCCUGCUCCCGAUAUCCGCUCUCUGUACAUGAUAGCCACUCCACCAAUUGUAUUCUAGCAAUGUGUAUCUUCCACCUUUAGAAUUCUAGAGCCCUCGGACCUUAAAAAAAAAAUACUAGCUUCCCCAAGCGGUGUUUUAUGUAGUUAACAAAGCAAAGCCUCCCAGGUUGUAUCGCAUUACUUUGUUAGCAGCCAUCUAUUUGAAUAAGAGAAUAAAGUUAAAAAGCCGCACAAAUGCUGAAAUCGUUCUUUAAACUGGUCCGUCAUUGUUUCCUUCUGCUUGAGCACAGCACCUUUUCGCUCUCUGGGUUUGCAGCAGAGCAGCCCACGGUCGUUAAUAUUCCUCAGCUAAUGCAAUUUCAUGUAUUACUAUUUUUAAAAAUAAUUUUAGAAGAUGCAGGACCUUGAAAUCAUCUUGUUCCCAAGAAGCAAGCAAAUACUCUGUACCUGCACUCAGAAAAAGCAAAAUGUACAUUCCCAGUUCUGGUUGGCGAUUAAAUUUUUAGAUGCCAUAUCUUGGAACUCUAGAUGAUGGCUGGGAAGAUCACCAGCAUUUAACUGCCCAUUGACUGGCUCACACAUGACUCAAGAUGCAGGCAGAGGGUAGCUUGAACCUCCUUUUUCACUAGUGUGAACUGGCUAUGUGAGAUCUCCUCUCCUCACUCCCAAUUGCCUGACGUUUGCCUUGCUAUUAGGAGUGAGGACAUUAUGUAAGGAGACGUCUCUGGAAGAGCAUUUGUAACUGUUCACACUGGGGAGUAGGAAAAAGAAUAUUGGAUCCCCUUUUUUUGCAUGAUAAAACUUCUGAGGUGCGCAAGGGUACUUGACCCCAGGGCCAUCUCAGAAGUCUCUGGGGGCAGGAUGAAGCCUUGGCCUACCCAUUCCCAAUUGCACAUGUGUCUUUUCUCAGAAAAGGACUCCUGCUAUCCCUCCUACAUUGCAUUUUUCACUGACCUUUAAGAGUGUCGUGUGUGUACCUGCAACUUCUUGAAAACAGAAGCCUCCUCAAGGAGCUCCUUCAUCAAUACUUGCACUGUGGUUCUCUAGUUCUUGUCUAACCAAGCCAGAGGCAUCAUUUGGGUGCUUGGCACCAUCACCUCUCCAGCCCUGGUGGGUAUUAAGUGCUUGGCCAGUAACGUGUAAUGGACAUUUGUGGCAUAGAGGCAACUUUGAGCUGUUGCUAGCAGUCAAACGGGACGAAGGGAACUAGCUGAAAGCUUGGCUUGUGAUGGCUUUGCCGAAUGGACUUCAGGAGUUGUGUUUGAGAGAAUUGUUAAGAACUCCACCAGGAACCCCUGGAAGCAAGAGCAUCGGUUAUUGAUAUAAGUUUGCAGUGUUAGUGCUUCUGAUGUUGGCAAUAGUUGGAGGUAUCAAACUAGAAAGGCAUGCAGAGGGCUUGCAAGUAGGACAGUAGAAUUGCCCUGGAAGAAAGGAGAGUGUUGGAUAUGUACUGUUUGUGUUGUAUAAGGCACAUUUGAUGCUUCAUGCACAAAUAAAUUCUGGUAGAGUCUCUUGAAAAGGACUUUUGCUUGUUGGCUAUUAAUUUAGGAAGUUAUUCUAGCAUGAAGUGCUAGAGCUAACCUUGGUGAUCGCAUUGACUUGCGUCUGAUGCCCUCCAGUGAAAAUCAGGACCAAGUAGACUUGGUCUUCUUUGAGCUAAUCAGAGCAUGGACUUGUUCCCUCUUCUCUCCCCAUUUUUCAGAUUCUUGCCAAAAGCAAAGUGACAACUCCCCUCCCCAUCUGUCUCGUUUUAGGGAACAGCUCUUGGCUGGAGUCAUAGGAUGGUAGUCAGUUGAGCUUUACUUGGAGUAGACCCGUUGAAAUGAGUGAACAUGACUAACUUGGGCCCAUCAGUUUCGAUAGGUCUGCUGGUUGAAUGCCAUCCAUAGUCUUUUCUGUUGCCUGGCCUUGUCUGGUUGUCAGAACAUACUCAUGGCUUUUGAGUAGAAGAUGGCCUCUCUCUUUCCACGCAGCUGCACUGUUGGAAGAUUUGAGCUGCCCUCUCAAGGCAAGCAGUGAAUUGAGAAUGAAUGACUCCCCAAUGGACAUAGAUUGAACCUUAGAAAGGCAGCAGAAUUUGAAGAGAGGAAGCCAACGAGAAAUUGGUGAAAAGUGCUUCUUCUUCUCAAGGCGGGUUUCCACCGUUCUGCAGCAACGUGAGUUUUUAGUAAGAGGGCCAGAGAGCAAGCCCCACGCAGCUUUGUGUAGCAGAGAGGGUACAGGAAAAUACUCAUUUGACUUCCACGCCAACAAAGGUAAACAUUUUUAUAGUGACUAAUGUGGCAGGCAAAUGGUUCGUCGCUGCAGGUUUGCAUUCCCUAAGAUGCUAGGAAGGCCACCUUGUUAUGCUUUUUGUAAUUUUAUCUCGGCUAAGUUUUGUUUCUUGGACUGCCAUUGGUGGACGAUCAGCUAUCCAAUUUAUCUCUCCAGCUUAGUGUGAAAAGCUGAAAUACAGAUCUUAAUGGCAUAUUUGUCCAAAGUCUGGUUCAUUAUUUUUUUUAAAGAAUUAAUCAUUCAAGUAACAAUGGUCACUGGAAGGCCAGUAAUUUGAAAGGCAAGUCCUGCUACUUUGUUUAGGAGAUAUUUUGUGUUACUGUGUUGCAUUAACACUAUUCGCUAUGCACAAAUGUGUGUGUUACUGUGUUAACAGUAAUGUUAUACGUGAAACACCCUUUGUAUGUUUUGCUAAUUCUUUAAGAAGUGGUUCAUUCUGGUUGAAUUUGGAAAAGGCAGUCCUAGUAGUGUUCCUCCCCCCCCCCAAACUGAAGAUCAGAAAUAUUUCCUCACAAAUAAUUUCACUUUGAAUUGACAGGGAUGCACAUAUCCUGUAUGUGUGCAUGUUUUCUUGGAAGCGAGACCCACUGAGUUAAAGUGGGACUUAAUCACAAAUCAGUGUGCAUAGGAUUGCA